GUCAACCACCCGAUCCCAUUAUGUUGCUCGCUGCAGCAGCAGCUGUGGUGGAUGACGACUUUAAUGGCCGUUACUAUGAACGAAGAGAGAUUCGGUUGCAUGGUCGUCAUGGUAACCUAACCCUUAUCAUUCCCAGUGUGGCUUGAGCAUCCUCCAACACCACGAUUGACAUGAUCUCUUUGUUUUUAGGGUCACAAAAGAGAAAACCAUACAAUGAGGGUGCUACGCAUAUCCGUCAUCACCAUCAACCAAAGACAAACGAUGCAGAUGAUUGUAAUAAAAGCAGCAGCAGCAGCAGCAGCAGCCAUAUAGCUUUGACAAACCAUCCUAUCAGUAACCCUACCGCUCACAAUGACUCUCCUCGCAGUAGUCGACGUCGUCGUCGUUGCCGUCGUCCUAGUGAAAGUCAGCAUACGGAUAGCUAUAGCCAACAAACCAAUCGAACGGCCUCUUUUGCUAACAAGCAAGAUUAUACAGAAAACUGGGUAGAUGCAUCUACAGCAACAGCCAAUAUUAGUAAAGAACUGGAAGAGGAUAUUACCCGAGCUGUUGAAAGGGUGGAACCAUCCACUCGUACUCCAACAGCAACAGCAGCAGCAGUAGUAGUAGAUACAACGGCAAAGGUCAUAUCAACAACACACGACAACAAGGGCACGUCAACCCACAUGGAAGUGGCAGAAGCAACCCUACCACCCGCACCCAUGCCAACACCGUCGACGCACUCCACUUCAUUCUCCUAUCAAUAUCUAUCCAUGCAGAAUCCACGUAUCAAAAGAAAUGCAAUGCAUGCCUAUAUUACUUACAUGAUCUACACAGAUAUGACUCGUUCACAACAACAGCCGUAUUCAGUGUUUACGAGAAAGAAUGAGCCAAAGAAUGACACCUAUUCCAUGAGAGAAGAACCACAGCAACAACACUAUCCAUUGAGUGGCACUCAUAUACCCAACUGGUAUUCCUCUCCUUCUUCCCAACCUCAUUCUCACCAUGCCUAUCCACUACAACAGCAACGGCAUUCAUUAGCACCACCGCCUCCUCCACCCCCAUCGCCACCUGCACCACCACCACCACCACCGUCCGUGCCCUCUUUACCCACGACACAAUCCUAUAGAUUACCUCCUUCUCCCAGGUUAUCUCAUCCUACGAUUCGACAUGAACUUUCUUCUUCUAUUCCAGGACCACCACCCACACCACCACCACCACCACCACCACCACCACUGCCAGCCUCUUUACCCCACUCUGCUCCCUCUUCAGCUUUGAAUAACCGUCCUCCACCUCCCCAUCCCCAUCCCCACCCCCACCACCACCACCAUCAUCAUCACCAUUACCACCACAAUACUCCACACCAUCAUUCCCAUCCCCAUCAUCCCCAUCAUCGUCUCUCGUCCACGCCCGUGUCUCAACUACCACCUUCCUCUUUAUCCACCCCAUUGCCUUCCCUUCAUUCGACUUCAGACAACCGAUCCUUGAUGGGUAGACCUUUAACCGAUUUUUUAUUCAACAGCCAUGCUACGAAGGACAGUGCUUCUUCUGUUUUACCAUUGCCAGCUUCCAUGUCCUUACCGCCCUCUCACUCGUCUUUUACGCCAUCCACCGCCACUCAUCAUACGACGACGAUGGCUGCGAGUGUUACUUCACCCGCUUUAAUCACUUCACCUCGACCUACUUUCUUAUUUUGACAAAUACCAAAAUAGUUUUGAAAAACCGAAAAAAAAAAAGAUCACCCUUUUCUUUCAUGAUCAUUUCGAAUCGAUCCUCUUCUGGUGUCACCAGGAUUUUCUUUUUUUACCAACGACCCAAUGUCAGAGUAACACGACGCUUCUUCACAAAACAGUUCAUCCUCUACAAGGACACACACUCUCUCUCCAAGGAAAAAAAAACAUAAAAAACUACUUAUCCAUCCUCUCUCCCCAUGAUCAUUCACCAAGAUCAGAGCUUAUCGAUCAAUUUUUUGGUUCCAUAUCUCAUCCAAAGAAAAAAAAAUUUUUUUAAUUGAAAUCCAUUGUUUCAGAUGGU